AUGUCUUCUUCGCAAGAGAAAGAGAUUCCUGACACCAUCGCCUCUGACCCAGAGGCCAGGGCUGCCAGGGACUACGAGGAGCAACACUCUUACCUGCAGACCGUCAGCAAGUUUCGUCCUGCGAUCAAGUGGUCCAUCCUCUUCGCUCUAACCAUCGUCGGGGAGGGUUACGACUUGGCCCUCAUGGGCAACUUCUUUUCCCUGUCCCAAUUCCAGAAUCUCUUCGGCCAUUCCUCAGGACGCGGCGCCGCCAAGGAAAUCCCUGCUCUUUGGCAGUCCAUGAUUCUCACCAGCAGCCAGGUUGGACAGGUCUCCGCCAUGUAUUUCGCCGGCCUGUCCAUGGAUAAAUUCGGCUACCGCAAAACCAUGAUGUUGUCCCUCGGCACCGUCAUGGUAUUCCUCUUUGUCAACUUCUUCGCGACGGCAGCACUAGCCACGGGAGGCUACAACGCAGGUCUAGGUAUGAUUGUUGGCGGUAGCUUUCUCUUGGGCAUGCCGUGGGGGUCUUUCCAAGCCUGCGUACUCGCCUACGCAUCAGACAUCUCCCCCCUAAAACUCCGCCCGGCCCUCACGACAUUCGUCUCCAUGUGUUGGAUCUUCGGCCAGCUCUUCUCGACAGCAGCGAUCAAGGGCGUGACGACCAUCAAAGACAACGACACCUUGGCUUAUCGCUUACCCGUCGCUAUCCAGUGGGUAUGGCCUCUCCCCAUACUGAUUUGCGUCUUUCUCGCCCCAGAAUCGCCUUGGUGGCUCAUGCGACAAUCCCGAUCCGAUCUCGCGCGCAGCUCACUCGCCAGACUAAACAAAGACCCAGCGUACCCUGUUAACGGCCAGGUCAAGGUCCUCGAGCUCACGAACGAGCAAGAGAAGAACGACAAGAAUGAUUCCGAGAUCACGUAUCUCGAGUGCUUCCGCGGCACCAACCUUCGCCGUACCAUGAUAGUUGUGACAACCAACCUAACACAGCAACUGUGCGGGUCGGCGCUCAUGUUCUACUCGGCCAAGUUGUACCAAAAGGCCGGCAUGAGCAGCUCCAAGUCGUACGACUUCACGCUGAUCCAGUACGCCAUCGGCAUCGUUUGCAUCGUCACUUCGUGGCCUUUGAUGAAGUACAUCGGGCGCAGGACGAUCUGGCUCUGGGGUCUUGGGGGCGCAGUAAUCCUUAUGGCCGGCGUUGGUGUUCUGGGUUUCUUCAACGACGCACACGUAGCCGUUCCGUGGGUUAUUGCGGUCAUGCUCGUUGUCUUCACCGGUGUUUACAACCUCUCGAUUGGACCGCUCGCAUACGCCAUCAACCCAGAGAUCCCUUCGACGCGCCAAAAGGCCAAGACGCUCGUCAUCGGCCGUGUAGCGUACCUCAUCGCCGGCCAGUUCAACAUGUGGCUACUGCCGAGGAUGCUGGAGGAUACUCCCAAUGGGUGGGGUCUUGGACCUCGCACGGCGAUGGUAUACUCUGGUGUCAAUGCCGUCUUCUGGGUUUGGGCGUACCUUUGCCUGCCAGAGGUCCGGGGCAGGCCGCAGGCUGCCAUGGAUGAGCUGUUCAAGAGGAAGAUUUCUGCGCGCAAAUUUUCCCAGGCAGAGAUUGAAACUUCGUGA